AUGUCGACUCUUUUAGCAACUCUAUCAGAAAAGAUACUUUCGAAUCCCAGUGAAACCACUCAGUUGGGAAUCGAACAUUUCAAUCAAUCAUCCAAGCCAUUCGAUGAUCUUCUGGAAUAUCUUACUCAACUAGCAGAUACAGAUUCGAGCAGUAAAAACUUCAAUUUAAUCGCUUAUCUUCUUCGAUCAUUCUCACAAUGGAAGAAUCAAUUCUACAAAUCUUCGUCUCUACCGCAGUUCGACAACACUGUCGUGAACAAUCUUCUUUUGCAAACGUUACCAUUAACAUUUCUGAAAGAUUUUCUGCAAAUAUUUGAAAUAUCUAAAGAGCAUCUAUUGAGUUUAAUCCGAACUUCAUUAAAAUCGCCAUCUCAUUCUUCAAUUUACAAACGUGCAUUGAACAUGAUCGUUACAUUAGAUUACCAAUUAGAAUUUCAACCCAAUGAAAUUCUUCUACCAUUGAUUUUAACGUCGAAAGAUCACUACAUCGAUAUAUACUUGAACAAAACUCGUCAAUAUGAAGUCUAUCUUUUGAAAUUGCUCAAUCAUUUACACGAGCAAAAUGGCAAGCAACUCUCGGAAAUUUUAGCUAAUGAAUAUCAAAUGAAGGAUGUGCCAUUUAGUAAGAAGAAUGUAUCAAAACUAGCUGUGCGCUAUUGGAAUUUGCUUGGGAAUGAUGAGGAUGAAAAUUAUCCGAAUUUGAAGAUUUUACAGCAAAAACGAACGUUAAGCUUUCUUCUCAAUACAAGAUAUAAUGGCCUCAACGGUGAAAAAACGAUGAGUGAUGAAUGCUGGAAUGAAUUAGUUGGAGAAAUCGUACAAGAUAAUGCAGAUUUGUCGGAAUAUUUGAUUGAAAUGCUUGCAGAUAAAGAUGAUAUCGCAGCUGUGAAGUACUGGAUGGCUCAACUUGACCGACCGUAUAAUUCAUUACCGACAUGGGUUCAACAAUAUAUUCACCUCAAACAAAAUAAUGAAGUCAAAAGCACAAAACCGGUUGAAACGGUUUCGAAUAAAAUCGAUUAUUAUCAAAUACCGCUGGCAGACGAACAGAUUAUUUUCGUCGAUUCAAUACCGACCUUUGAACGUUUAAUGACUCGAUUAUCCCAAGCUGAUAAUGAAGAGUUUUGCAUUGGAUUUGAUUGUGAAUGGAAACCGGUAUUCAACAAUACUCUAACGUCGAGACAACGUAUUAGUAUAAUGCAGCUGGCAUCCUCAAAUGAAAUAUAUCUACUCGAUCUACUUCAUUUUUUCCGAACCUGUGAUCCUGAAACAGUACAACAGCAAUUAGCUAAUCGUUUAUUUGAUAAUGACCACAUAACAUUAUUAAGCUACGGAUUUAAAACCGACGCUGCAAUGUUGAUUGCUUCUUUCCCAAGUUUCGAACGAGCAUUAUCAUCAGGCAAAACUUUAGUGGAUCUCUCGGUUGUCCAAGCUGAGCUUUUGAGUAUGCAACGUGAUAUAUUUCCUUAUGUAGCUGUGGAUAAUAAGAGCGCAUCGAAAGACAAAGGUCUUAGUGAAUUAGUUCGUCUAUGUUUCGGGAAACCGUUGAAUAAAUCGGAACAAUGCUCGAAUUGGGAACGAAGACCAUUGCGACGUGCUCAAACUUUAUAUGCUGCGACCGAUGCUUACUGUUUGCUUGACGUUUACAACUUUAUUGCCAAUCAUUUUCGAUCUUCGGACUAUUUGCAAUCAUUUCGUGGGAAAAAACCGAAAAAUCUGGCUUCGGCUGUAGCGCGUCAGAUUGAUGAAAAUUUCCAUGAAACGGAUCUCGGUAAUAAUAAUAAUAACAGUUCUUCUCCUCAACUCUCAAACGAUACGAUUCAAACUUCACACGAAACCAUCCGUCCUUCUCAAAUAAAAUUUGUUGUCGAUAACAUGUUAUACGGUUUAGGAAGAGAAUUACGUGUAGCAGGCUGUGAUACAGUCAUUUUAGCUAAUGAAGAACCGCAUACCGCAGCUAUUCGAUAUGCUCGAUCAGAAAAUCGUAUUAUUUUAUCUCGUGGUGCACCAUAUAAUCUCUUACGAUCUCACACAGUUGAAGGUCGUUGUUGGCAACCACCAUUGAAUGUCUCAGCUAAAGAGCAAUGUGCAGCAGUUCUACGACAUUUCAAUGUGAAAGUCUUACUAGAAGAUAUCUUUAGUCGAUGUAGCACAUGUAAUGGUGGUAAUUAUGCGAUUGUGAAUGCCCGUGACAUUCGUCUUCUUUGGUGCAAAGUGCACAAUCAUCCAAUAGAAGAAUUAGAACCAGAAUUGAUUAAUUAUCAAUCAGAACAAAUUGAUAUAGACCGUAUGACGUUGAAGAAUGAGAACGUUCCGUUGGUUGUGAACGGUUUAACACUGAGAAAUUACCGUUCGUAUGAAGAAUUUUAUAUAUGUCGUCAAUGCGGUAAGGUCUAUUGGCAAGGAACACAUUGGCGGCGCCGUGCUGGUUUUCCUCAGCUUCAAUCGAAUGUCGAAGUGAAACAGAUCGAGAAAGACGAUUCCGAUAGUGAUGAUGGGAUUGUUUUCUACGAUGCUGAAAGUACUUUGUGA